AUCGCUUAGAAUCCAUAAAAUCGUUCAUAUUUUAUGGCUUAAUGAGUUUAGAAUGGACGAUCUGUAGCGUUUGAAGUGUUAAGUGCCAGUGACUAUGAAAAAAGAAAAAUCGAAAAAAUGGAAAUGAACACAAAACUGUAAUCGUAAACGGAUUGGAAGGAUUAUGACGCUCAUGCAGGCAGUUAGUAACACUUAUUGAUAUUAUGGGUGCUAACUCUUCGUCACGCAGUGAUUUGAGUUUGCUGUCCGACGACGAUGUUAAUUUUGAUCAUUUUCUAAUACUGCGGGCCAUUGGAAAAGGUAGCUUUGGCAAGGUUUGUAUUGUUCAGAAACGUGACACCGGUCGAUUGUUUGCUAUGAAAUAUGUUAGUCGUGGAGCUUGUGAUGGUAGAGGCGCUUUGGGCGGUGUGCUGAAAGAAGUUGAAUUGCUGUCUUCGUUGGAACAUCCAUUUUUAGUCAAUUUGUGGUUUUCGUUUCAAGACGAAGAAGACCUAUUCAUGGUAUCCGAUUUGUUACCGGGCGGUGAUUUACGCUAUCACCUUCAGCAACAGGUGGAAUUCUGUGAGUCCAGUGUUGUUCUUCUCGUUUGCGAACUGGGUUCUGCUUUGGACUAUUUGCAGACGCAAAGAGUUGUACACAGAGACAUCAAACCUGACAACAUUUUAUUUGAUGAACGAGGUCACGCACAUCUCACCGAUUUCAACAUAGCAACAAGACUUCCUAGAGAUGGAUUAGCUUGCUCCAUGUCUGGCACUAAACCGUAUAUGGCACCUGAAGUGUUUCUCUGCGCUCUGGACGAAAUCGCCGGAUACAGUUACCCGGUGGACUGGUGGUCAUUGGGAGUAGUUGCCUAUGAAAUGCGUACCGGAAUUCGACCCUUUAUUGUGCACUCAUCGACUCCAUUAGAUGUGGUGAAAAAUAUACUAAAUGUAAGUCCGCACUAUCCAAGACAUUGGAGCGAACAGUUCACGGACUUGAUUGGAAAGUUAAUCAACGUUCACCCUGGAGCUCGGAUAUGCUCACAGCGUGAACUGCAAAAGACCCCAAUCAUGCGAAACAUAAAUUUCAAAAAUGUUCUGCUGAAAAAGUGUACACCAGCGUACAAACCGCCCGAAGACCAUCUCAACUGUGAUCCGACAUUGGAACUCGAAGAAAUGAUCGUCGAAACGAAACCGUUGCACAAAAAGAAAAAACGUUUAGCUAAACAACGAUCCGAACAGAAGAGUACCGACGCCGACCGAAAUCUGACCAAAGAGUUCAUCGUCUACAACCGGUACAAAGAAUUGAAAAAGAAAGCCAUGGAAAUGAAGGAGAACGAGUGGCAGGAGGAAUUGAACAAAUUAAUGGCAAAUUCGCAAGUUAAUCAAUUGAGCUGUAUCGAUGAAAGUAAUAAUGAAGCGGGUACUAGCAGUAAAAGUAAUGAACCGAUUGAAUACAUAGAUCGAACACCGUCACCGAAAUCAGCGGAUUGAAGUUUGGCGGUGAAAUGUAAGAUAUAUAAAUAGAGGAACACGCAUUGACAACACAGAAAGAUGAAAAGAAGUCGAUAGAAGAAAUGGAACACAGAAAAAAGCAAAGUAGAAGAAAAAUGUGAAUUGAACUGAUUAGAUUAGGUUUCCAUGAUGUUUAGGUAUGUGAUUUUUGAAUGAAAAUUUAAAUAUUUUUUUUCCCUGAAUGUCGGAGGUAGUAUUUAUAUGCUCUCGUUUGAGAUGAUUUGAUUCAAUUAGGAAGCCGAGCUCGGCAUUAUUUAUUUAAUAUUAUUACGUUGAAAUCUACCCAAAACCGUUCGGUAACAGUGCUGUACACGGCACGUUUUGUGACUUUUCUUAUUGAAUUU